AAUUUCGUUUGUAAAUAUUGAUAAAAAAUUUUUAGCUACCGAAUAAUUUGAAUGAAAUUAUUCAUUUCGUUUGCUAAAAAAGUGCAUUCAAAAUGGAUAUAUGGAUUAAAGAAAGAGUCUUGGGAACAGGGAGCUUUGGAGUAGUUACCUUAUGGAAAAAUUCGAAAACACAGGCCAAACUUGCAUUGAAACAAUGCAAACUUGGAUUAGAGAACUCCCUGAGCGAAAAUCAGAAAAAGAGAUGGUGUAACGAAAUAGAAAUUAUGUUUAAAUUAAACUAUCCUAACAUAGUUCAAGCCACUAUACUUCCUCAAACUUUGAAGGAGGUUAUCAACUCCUCAUUGCCCGUCUUAUGCAUGGAAUAUUGUUCGAGAGGUGAUUUAAGACAAAUCUUGAAUCAACCUCAAAACUGUUGUGGCUUACAAGAAAAAGAAAUACGUCAUUUUUUAUUGGAUAUUAAAAAUGCAUUACAAUAUUUACAUGAUCUAAAAAUCACCCAUCGUGAUCUUAAACCUGAAAAUAUUCUUCUUCAAGAAUCAUCCUAUAAUUCGAUAAUAAUUUAUAAGUUGACCGAUCUGGGAUAUGCUAAAGAGCUCGAUCAUAAUGGAUUAUGUUCAUCAUUUGUGGGAACAUUGCAGUAUUUAGCUCCAGAAUUAUUUUUAGGAGAAAUUUAUUCCAGUUCUGUGGAUUAUUGGAGUUUUGGAUUAGUCUUAUUCGAAGUGAUUACUGGAAUUCGGCCAUUUUUACCUCACACGCCUCCCAUUUUAUGGAUGAAAUAUGUGAAAAAUAAAUGCCACGAUCAUAUUUGCAUUUAUCAAUCCACGACCGGUCAUAUAAGAUACUCAACGACAAUGUUCAUGGAAAAUCAUGUCUCCGAGUGUUUCCAGCGUGAAAUUGAAAAAUGGCUUCAGCUAGCUUUAGAAUGGGAUCCCAAAAAACGAGGAAUUGAACUUCAAAAAAUUACGAUUUUCAGUAAAUUGGAUGAUAUUUCAGAAAAGAAGAUAUUAUCAAUAUUUUGUGCGGAUAAAUGUAAUUUUUUGAGUUACGAAGUUGAUAAUUCCACAGCUAUUCCUACAGUUUUGGGCUGGAUCACCAGAGAUACUAAAAUAUCUUCUGAUUCAUUAAUUUUAUUGUCUUCUGAUGGUAAAGAAAUCGAUAGAAAAAAAUUCGCUGUGGAUUAUUACAAUCCUGACGAAGAAAUCAUGAUCUACGUUUAUAGAGCAGACGAGUUAAAAUUACCUCAAAUGAAGCCUAAACCACCUCGAUUAGUAAUAAGAAUGAUGGAAAACCCUCUUGAAAUUCUCAGUUAUUUUUAUUUAAAAAGAACUUUAGCACAAACGAUUUAUUUUCUUCAAAAAGAAACUCUCUUAUUUCGUUCAUUUUUGAACGCGUAUAAAAUAAAAAUGUUAUUCGUUAUCAAUCUAUCAUUAAAUUCCAGCUCUAUUUGUGACGAUUUGCUGCUAGAAUUGAAUAAGAUUCUCAGUAAUCAGAAAAUGUGCCGGAAGCUUCUUCAUUUUGAUGUAAAAUGUUACAAUUAUUUACGAGAGCAAAUAUCAACAGUUUCCGAUACCGAUAGAACCAUCAAACAAUGGCAAUUAGCAUUUGAAACAUUAGUAGGUAAAGUAGAUCUACUCUUAACGGAAUUUCAUAAUCUCAAGACUAAAUGCAAUAAAAAAUUGGAGGAGAUUUCUGUUCAUAAAAAUGAAUAUAAAACCGAAGCUACGGGAUUUUUGAGAUUCGAACAAUUCGUUAAAUUGGGCUGUCAAAGUUUUGAAAAAUUACCAGCCGAUCGUGAUUACUUUAGUACACCGAUAGAAGCAGUAAAAAUUGUCAAAGAUUUCAUGAAGCAAAGGACUUUAUCGUUUAAAAACGAAAAAUUCGAUCACCAUCUCCAACGUUUAUGUGCAUUGGAAAACGAAAUAAAAGAAAUAAACGCCGAAAUGACGUUAUUCAAAAGUCGCGUGUCGAGUGCGAAAUCGGACAUUUUAGAUUUCCAAUUCAUUCGACACAAAAACAUGUGGGAAUUGAUGGCUAACGCUUUAUCGCAGGAAUCUAAACCUGAAAAUGGAUUGAAAUUCUCUAAAGGUUUAUUCGAUUCUUCGUUGACGUUAACGAGCAAUUUUUCUAGAAGUUUCGUCGAAAAUGAAAAUAUAGAAAAACCUGCAAUUCAUUUGAAUUCAGAGGAUACGGAAAGAAUGAUUAAUGAUAAUGAAAAUUUAAGAAAUCAAAUAUUGAACAGUUUACGAGAAACAAUGAAUAAAUGUCAUAUGAUGAAAGAUGAAAGCAAUUCUAUCGACUGGACGUUUUUGAAUGGCGACGAUAAAAACGACUGAAGCGAAAGCCCGUAAUUUUGAAAAAUUCUUUUCAAUUUCGAAGUAUCAAUUUUGAUGGUAUUUGACUAUUUGAACCUCCCGAAUACCUGAACUUUAUACAUAAUUUAUGUAACCUACCAAUGAAGUCGAAUUAUGUUGAAGCUAGGAUCUCUAGUAUUUACCUCCCUACACUUAAUUCGUUGAAAAAAUUAUAAGCUUAAUAAUACGAGUUCGUUCAUUAGUGAACUUAAUUUGUAUCUACAUCUAGGUGGUUAUCGUUUGUUAUUUCUAUUUUGUUAAUAUGAAUAAAUAAAUUGUUGUUUAAUUGCA